AUGACAGCCCCGACCAGUCUUGUGCUCGUCACUGGUGCCACUGGAUUCAUUGGAUAUCGCACAUUAAUUGAAGCAUUGAAAGCAGGCCAUCGUGUCCGAGCUGCCGUCCGGAACGAGAACGGCAUCCAGAAGAUCAAAGCCGCCAGCUCAACUAGGCCAUAUCUCAGCCAGCUUGAGUUCACGUUGGUCCCGGACAUCUUGAAAGAAGAUGCCUACUACGAAGCUGUGAAAGGCGUUGACUCCGUGAUUCACCUUGCCUCUCCGACCACAAAUUUGCCGACAACGCCAACAGAGGAGACGUAUGACGAAUGGCUCCUCCAACCUGCCGUUCGGGGAACGCUGAACAUGCUCGAGGCAGCCAGCAAGUACUCCCCUACAACCAAAAGGAUCGUCAUCACAGCUUCCAUCGUUUCGAUCAUCGAGUGGCCGGAAAUGUUCAUGGAGACCGGCAGCGUCUUCAAUGAACAAUCACGUACCGGUCCUGCCAGCAAACCAUAUGGCGGUCUUUUCGCGGCCUAUGGCGCCGGCAAAGUCGCCACUCUUAAUGCAACAGAGCAAUAUAUUCGGACGCAGAGGCCACACUUCGAAGUCAAUCACAUUGGCCCCGGCUUUGUCAUCGGAAAGAACGAGUUGGCAACUAAGAGAGCCGAUAUCCUGGCUAGCACUAACGGUGCAGCCCUCGGACCGAUUUUAGGUAGUGCCGCAGGGCCGACGCCAUCGACGAGCGUCUUUGUCAACGACGUGGCUAGGAUGCAUGUGCUUGCUCUCGAUCCGAAAGUUGCCGGUGGACAAUUGUUCCUAGGUGUUAGUGAAAAUUCAAACACAAAGUGGGAGGACGCCUUUGAUAUUGUCAAGAAGCAAUUUCCCAAGGCGGUUGAAGACGGGACUUUUCCUUUGACUGGGAGUAAUCCCACGAAAAGGCUCAUUUUUGACAAUGGGUAUACGAAGAAGGCCCUUGGGGUGGAAUUUGCCAGCUAUGAAGAACAAGUGAAGAGCGUUGCAGGACAGUAUCUGGAAUUGAAGGAGUAG